AUGACAAAAAGGACAGUAGAAGGAAUUGUGAUAGUAUUGAUUUAUGUAGAUGAUCUAUUGAUUACAGCAAGUAGCAAAAGGUUAAUGGACAAUGCCAAACAGGUUCUGAAGAGUAAUUUCAAAAUCAAAGACCUAGGAGAUCUCAAAUAUUUCCUUGGUAUAGAGUUUGCAAGAAAUUCAGAAGGAAAACUUAUGCAUCAAAGGAAAUAUGCCAUGGAACUGAUAUCAGACUCUGGAAUGAGUGGAUCAAAACCAUGCGAUACACCAGUCGAGGUCAACCAGAAACUGACAACCUCAGAGUUUGAUGAUCAUUUCAAGCUUGAUAAUGGUAAUGUUCUGUUGGAUCCAGGUGAAUAUCAAAGACUUGUUGGAAGAUUAUUGUACCUUACAAUUACCAUGCCUUAUAUUGCCUUUGCUGUGCAAAGUCUUACUCAGUUUAUGCAUGCUCCUAAGUCAUCACAUAUGGAGGCAGCUCUUCGAGUAGUAAGAUAUGUAAAACAAGCUCCUGGUUUUGGUAUCUUGAUGUUUGCUAAACCAACCAACACUCUUCAGGGAUUUUGUGAUGCUGAUUGGGGGUCUUGUAUUAAUUCAAGAAGAUUCAUCACUGGGUACAUGAUUAUGUUUGGUAAUUAA